AUGGAUAACCUAAGUCCAAGCCAGAGUCACAUGGGCGUCAUAGCUACUGUCAGGCCAUUCAGUGCUACUCGAACAUUCUCUGGCUUCUCUGAAGCAACCAGCCGUGUGCCAUCGACAGCGCCAGGGACACCUUUCGAUUCUCGAUCUCCGUCGCCAUCAAGCUACAACUGGCGGAGUCAACAGAGUUUGAUACCUCUUGUGACUCAACCAGCUACACCCGGUUUCGCCAAAGAGUGGGUUAAGUCUGGAUCCAUUGCUCGUGUGGCCGAUCGAGAUGAUGCAGAAAUUUGGAACGGCUGGCGACGACGGGUUUACCAAUUCGCUCCCUUUUUCAUGGUCGCCAACUCAUCUUUAUACCUGUUCUAUCUUGGGCUGCGUAUCUACUGCAUCAUCAUGGCCCAGAGAGCCGAUGGAAUGACAUUCAUCGCUGCCUGGGUCUUUGUUGCAAUCGAACUCUCUGUGGCUCUGCCCUCACUCAUGCAAAAUGGCUGGAGCAUGUUAGCAUUGAAAAAAAGAGGCCGGGCCAAGCUCCGCUUGAUUGGCCAAGAUGUACCGACAGUAGAUGUCUUUGUAACAUGCUGUGGAGAAGAUGAUGACCUAGUCCUCGAUACCGUCCGUGCGGCUUGUGAUCAGGACUACCCAGCGGGCCAAUUCCGCGUCAUCGUGCUCGAUGAUGGAAAAUCUACCGGCCUACAAAAAGAAGUUGAACGCUUGGCCUUCACGACUUUUCAGAACCUGUACUAUGUCGCCCGUGAGAAAGUCCCCGGAAAGCCUCAUCAUUUCAAAGCUGGAAACUUGAAUCAUGGCCUUGAAUACACAAAUAAUCUACCGGGUGGACCUGGAGAGUUUAUGGCGGCAUUAGACGCAGAUAUGAUUCCGGAGCAAGAAUGGCUUCGUGCUAUAAUGCCGCACCUACUGAACGACCCUAAGAUGGCACUAGCGUGCCCGCCUCAAUUAUUCUACAAUGUUCCUGCUAGUGACCCCCUUGCACAAAGUUUAGACUUUUUUGUUCAUGUCAUUGAACCUAUUAAAGAUACAUUGGGUGUUGCCUGGUGCACAGGAUCGGGCUAUAUCGUUCGGCGCCAAGCAUUGGACGAUAUCGGCAACUUUCCCCUCGGUUCAUUGGCUGAAGAUGUGGCAACGUCGACCUUGAUGCUUGGUAAGGGUUGGAAGACAGCCUAUAUCCACGAACAGCUACAAUUUGGAACUAUUCCAGAGGACUAUGGUGGCCAUCUGAAGCAACGCACUCGAUGGGCUAUCGGUACGGUCGAUACUGCGUUUAAAUUGAAAUUUUGUAUCUGGGGUGAUGCUGUGCGCCAAAUGACUUUUGCGCAACGCUUCUCCGGCUUUCUUUAUGCUGUUUUGAGUUUAUACACUCUCGUAUUGACUGCCUCCCUAUUCGCUGUUCCUGUCAUCCUUCUGUGGGGGAAACAGCUUGUCGCUUACGCGACUGAGCAGGAACUCCGUUGGCUUAUCUGGGCUUGUUUCGCAUCAACUAUGGCGAACCGACUCUGCGAAUUUACUCUUUAUACUCCAUCUGGCUAUCACACAGGUCAAAGGGGAUCUCGGUUCCAAUUGUGGAUGUCGCCAUAUAUUGCACUAUGCAUAAUUCGCUCGUUUAUCCUUCCUACUUGGCUAGGUGGUCAAACCCAAGCGUUUAAACCUACAGGUUCUCUUGGGUCUGCUCUGAAUGAACGAGAUCCGGCAAAUAGGAAGGGUAUGUUCAUCCGGCUGAGGGUUAUCCUAUUUAACUUUCUAGGGCUCUUCCAUUUUAUGUUCGUUUAUGCAACCCUUUGCGCUGUUGCGCUUUCUACGUACCGUUGCUUUGCCUCUGAGACUGGAUUCAAAUCUGUGGUAAUUUGUCUCAUCACCCAUGCAUUUUGGCCACCGGCUGUUUUCCUAUUCAUUUGUACAUCCCUUUGGACGCCAAUUUCUUAUGCGAUUGAUCCUCCGACUAUGCCGGACCGAGAAGAGCUGCUAGAUCGUGAUUCGAAGACUGGAAUUGCACAUCCAACUCGGAAGAGCAAAGAGAUUGCGUUUGGUAGCCAGGCAGCCUGGUUUGAGCUUGAGCAUAGCGUUUCAACCAUUGCAACAGUCUUGGUCUUUUGCUUUUCCUUUUACAUAUGA